UGUUGAGAGAGUAGUAUUCUCAGCUCUGAGGAUUGCAGAGUCUCAAUGGAGGUAUAUCUUGAAGUUGCUUGAAUUCCCCUGCUGAUUGUUUUGGAUUCUUCCUUUCGUUAGCAGCUUGCGAGGUUUUAUGAGAGAAUAUUUACACAUCAGAUCCAGACUCUCUGUUUCAUCAUCUGCAAUGACUCGUUGGCUACUUCAGAUCCUGGUUAUCUCUGCUCUUCAUCUCAUCUCUCUAUCAAGUCAACAAGAGACAAGGUUUGUCUAUGAAAACUCUAACUCCCAAGAAGAUCUUUAUCUAGAUGCUGCUGCAAAAGUACUUCCCAGUGGAUUAUUGCAGCUGACAAACGAUUCAGAUCAUCAAAUAGGCCGGGCGUUCUACAAGAAACCAAUUCAGUUCAGUUCCUUCUCAACACAUUUCGUGUGUGCUCUGGUGCCUAAGCCAGGUGUUGAAGGCGGCCAUGGUCUUACCUUUUUAGUAUCUCCUUCUCUGGAUUUCUCGCACGCACAAGAUUCAAGAUUCUUGGGGAUUUUCAACGCGUCAGCAAAUGGAUCUCACGCUCUUGCUGUUGAGCUUGACACUAUAUGGAACCCUGAGUACAAAGACACCGAAGGUAGUAACCACCUUGGUAUUGAUGUGAACAACCCUGUAUCUCUCGCAGUAGCUCGGGCGUCUUACUAUUCAGACAUGAAAGGGAGAAACGAAAGCAUGAACCUCUUGAGUGGGAAGCCUAUACAGGUCUGGGUGGAUUAUGAUGGCACUAUGCUCAGUGUCUGGAUCGCACCUCUUAAAGUCCUGAAGCCAAGCCGGCCACUUUUGUCACACCCAAUCAACCUUGAAGAGAUUUUUCCUAAUAGAUCCAAACUGUUUGUUGGCUUCUCUGCAGCAACAGGGAACGCGGUGAGUGGUCAGUAUAUUCUCUGGUGGAGUUUCAGCACAGGCAGAGGAUCACUGCAUGGACUUGACAUCUCAAAGCUUCCUAAAGUUCCUCAUCCUAGAGCUCCGCAUAAGAAUCUACCUCGGUGGAUUAUUAUCCUGGUUGUUUGUGUGGCUGUAGCGGUUUUGGCUUUUCUUGCUGGACUUUAUGUCUACAGGAGGAAGAAGUAUUCUGAAGUUUCUGAAACAUGGGAGAAGGAUUUUGAUGCGCAUAGGUUCUCUUACAAGUCCUUGUACAAAGCAACAAAGGGUUUCAGCAAGGAUGACUUCAUCGGAAAAGGAGGCUUUGGUGAAGUCUAUAGAGGAGAUCUUCCGCAAGGCAGAGAAAUAGCAGUAAAGAGAGUGUCCUAUAAUGGUGAUGAAGGUGUGAAGCAAUUCGUGGCUGAAGUGGUGAGCAUGGAAUGUCUGAAACACAGGAAUCUUGUUCCACUUUUCGGGUAUUGCAGGAGAAAGCGGGAGCUUCUUCUUGUCUCGGAGUACAUGCCCAACGGUAGCCUUGACGAGCAUUUGUUUGAUGAGACGAAACCGGUUCUUCCUUGGUCACGGAGACUUGGGGUUGUUAAAGGAAUAGCGUCUGCUCUGUGGUACCUCCAUACAGCUGCUGACCAAGUUGUUCUGCACCGAGAUGUCAAAGCUUCCAACGUUAUGCUGGACGCGGAGUUCAAUGGUAGGUUAGGGGAUUUUGGCAUGGCUAGGUUUCAUGAACAUGGAGGCGAUGCGGCCACAACAGCUGCGGUGGGAACAGUAGGGUACAUGGCGCCUGAGCUAAUCACGAUGGGAGCUUCAACUGGAACUGAUGUUUACGCCUUUGGUGUUUUCAUGCUUGAAGUAGCCUGUGGAAGAAGACCAGUGGAACCGCAGUUGGAAGCCGAGAAACGACAUAUGAUCAAAUGGGUUUGUGAGUGUUGGAAGAAGGAUGCUUUGCUUGAGGCCACUGACCCGAGACUGGGAGAUGAGUUCUUACCAGAGGAAGUCGAGAUGGUUAUGAAACUCGGGUUGCUCUGUUCAAAUAUCGUGCCAGAGUCUAGGCCUACGAUGGAACAAGUGGUCUUAUACCUAAAUAACAACCUGCCGUUGCCAGAUUUCUCACCAUAUACUGUGGGGAUCGGUACAUUUGCUCCGGUUCUGGUUGAUGCAGCUUCUCUGGUAGUCUCAUCCGCUUCGUGGAGUUGGUCAGCUCCCUCGAUGUCUUCAUCUUCUGCAACCCACUCGCCAUACGCUGGUCAGUCAACAUAUCAGCCAUGGGGGCAGACAAUAGAGACUAAGAACUCUCUACACAUAGUUGCAGAACCAGAGAAGCCUAAGACUCAGACUUUCUAACCAACCAGCUGUUGAAACUAUCAGUCGCCUACAGAAGAGUUUUUGAGUCCAAAUCUUAACAGCAUCAGCAGCAGGCAGAGGUAAUUCAUGAUGUACGUUCAUAUCAGCAAUCAGAUCUAUAGCAGCUCUCAAGAUUUAUCAGUCUCUCACUUGUCCCAAUAUACUCAGUAUGUCCGUUUGCAAAAUGUUUAUCUACUUAUUGAUUGAGAUUAUAAACAUAAAGUUUAUGUUUCCUUUCUCUGAUAACAAGUACGGAAAUGAGAUUUCUCCUCAAUAUACACGUUGGUCAGAUACUAAAUGGCUUUCUCUUAGAAAGAUGUUUUGGUUUAUAAGCAGGAAAUGUGUAUGUUAGUAACGAAUCCGAAGAAUAGAUAUUUUUAUGAUUUGAGAAAGAGAUUGGAUGUGGUUAG